AUAAACGCAGUGACCGCGGUUUCAUUUGUGUACUCUAUUCAUUCACUCACUUUAUAUGCAGUUAUUGAAGCAAUACAAUGGUGGAGUAUGACUUAUUUCACCAACAAAUAGUGUCUAUAAUGGCACUGCUGACAGAAACUGCUCGAGAAGAUAUUCAGAAAGUUUUUGACUGUGAAUGUCAUCUUUCCCACACUCAGAUAUGUUGUGACAGAGAUGAAUUAUUGGAAUUGAAUGAGAAACAACGCAGAGUGGCAAAGCUCACCGCAGUGAUGGAGACCUUUACCAAGGUGGCUAUUCAAAAAAUAUGCAAAGUCUUCAGUUGUUGCUUUGCACUUAAGCAGACUCUACUGAGAGAUGUAAAAAGUUACAGUGGAAAUGUUGUAAAAGUUAAAGCACUCAGGAAGAAGCAUUUGGAAAAAGCAGAAAGAAAUUGUAAUCAAAGUGUCAAAGAUGUGCCUGUCUUUCCAGCUGUAGCUCCAUCAUUGUUUCCAACUCAAGAACAUUUGCUCACUUUGUUACCUGAAGAAAAUAAACAACCACAAGAUUCUGUUGACGGCCAUCAGUCUGCAGAGAAGGCUCACAUUUCUGAAUUGUGUCCUAAUUCGUCAAGUGCUGCUAAAGAAACACCAAUGCAAGCAUUUCUAAUUGAAGUUGAGUACACUGCUGUUGCAUCUGCUGAGGACCAGCAAACUGAAGUAAACACACAAGCAGAGCAAAUCACCACAAAAUCCAAGACAACUAAAAAGUCAGUAUCAUUUGACUGUAAUGACUGCGGAAAGACAUUUCGCUGGAGACACUCACUAAAGCAUCACAAAUGUGGACAUUCAAAAGGACCUCACGAAUGUGAACGGUGCGGGAAGAAGUUUAAAUUUGUAACCGGAUUACAAAAACACCUUCAAAAUCACAAAGAGAAGAAAGGAACCUGUAAAACUUGUGGGAAAAGCUUUGCAGAUCUUAAAAUGCAUGAACGUGUCCACCUGGAGGUGAAGCCUUUUCUUUGUUCCAUAUGUGGACGCGGCUUCACAGUAAAGGGGACUUUAAUGGAGCACCAGCGGAUUCAUACUGGUGAAAAACCAUAUAGCUGUGAGACUUGCGGGAAGCAGUUUGCACAAACACAAAACCUCACCAACCACCUGUUGGUUCAUAAGACAGAGAAACCAUGGAAGUGCAGCCUCUGUGACAAGACUUUUAAAUCGAAACAUAAUAUGAAGUUGCACCAGAUUGUGCAUACAGGAGAGAAGUCCCAUAUUUGUCAUGUAUGCAGACAGAAGUUUGGACACGGUACAAAUCUCAAAAGACAUCUGCUUUUGCACAGUGGUGUGAAACGGCAUGGCUGUGAAAUUUGUUCCAAGCGGUUUUAUCAGAGUAUAGCACUGAAGAGGCACAUGGCAAUACAUGGAGCUCCGAAGCCAUUCAUGUGUGACAUCUGUGGGAAGAGCUUUGUGUUUAACUUUGCUUUACAGAAACACUUGCUCACACACGGUGAUAAAACAAAUGGCAAAUCUGCAACUGGCAAGACUUUUCCAUGUGAUAUGUGCGAGAAAAGCUUCAGUACCAAUGCUCUGCUCAAAAUGCAUCAGAGGCUCCAUUCUGAAAAGGAUCCUUAUAUGUGUAAAGUCUGUGGUAAAAGCUACGUCAGCAUGUAUUCACUGAAAAUACAUGAGAGAUUACAUUUGGGGGUGUCACUGUGGAAGUGUGACGUGUGCAGUAAGAGUUUUGCUAACAAAUAUGGGUUGAAACUCCACCAGGUUGUCCAUACUAAAGAGAAACCCUAUGAAUGUUCUGUUUGCGGCAAAACAUAUGGACAGCCACACAGUCUUAAAACACAUAUCCGCAUACACUCUGGUGAAAAGCCACAUAAGUGCAAAACGUGCGGAAUGUGCUUUCGAUUGCCUGGAAACUUAAGCCGUCACAAGCGGAUCCACACUGGCGAAAGGCCGUUCAGCUGUGAGGUCUGUGGGAAAAGGUUUGUACAACACAACCAUGUGAAAGCACAUAUGCAAAUCCAUACUGGUGUGAAACCAUUCACGUGCCAAAAAUGCGGGAAGAAAUAUGCAUACCGUAGAAAUUAUAAUGAUCACAAAUGUGUGCCUCUUUAUUAGAUGUAUUUAUUUCAUCCCAACUUACCACUCCACCACAUUCUGGCGGAGAUUAGGGGAUAGGUUAGGUAAAAAAACAACAACUCACAAAUGUUACAGAAAUGGCACUGCAAUUCAGUUCCC